GUAGUAUUAACAGUUGUCAAGGCGAACAAGAUACGAUCUCUGUUCAGAACACCCUGAUAGACCUUGGAAAUUCGAAGCAAAAAAAUGAAGUUAUUUCUUCUAGCUGUGUUCCUCUGCUGGUUGAGUAUCGGGUAUACUACGGCAGCGGUUAGGACGUGCUUCGGAGAACACUGUAGCACUCACAAACCGGUAUGUCUCGUGAACAAGGAGCAUGAAGUAACUGGACAUUGUGAGGCAGUGGAGCACUGUCAUCAUAUUUCGGAUUGCACUGCCAGCGGUGGUCACGAACACGGACACGGUCACGAGCACGGACACGGUCACGAACACAAUAAAUGUUGUUGUAUGGACCAGCACUGUGUGGACGUACUCAGCAGUAGUAUGAAUGAUUCUGCGUCGCAGUUAUUCACCACACCUAUCUCCUGCCUCGGAGCCUCGUGUACAGGAGACGAACCGUAUUGUCAAAUUCACCUGGACACAGCCAAUGUUUUAAGAGGGCACUGCAUUGAAGAACGGCACUGCCUCGAUCACCACCAUCGACUGUGUCAAAGCAUACAUGACACGCAAGGACACGAUGGGUGCUGUUGCCAAGACCAAACCUGCAUUUCGACCAUAUCAAGUGAGGCAUAUGCAAAUUUGCUUUCUUUUUCCUGCGAUUUCUCAGUUUUGAAUUCGUAA